CUUUCUGCGGACAGAGAUGUGAAAGAAGGCUAAGAACACUUCACACAGCUGUGUGAUUUGCCAGGGGAAGUGAACCUCCAUUUGUAGCAGCCCACCAGGAGAGCAAGCAGACAAAAAGUACCUGUAACUUGGAAGGAUGGCUGAAAUACGGAACUUCACUUGGGCAGUGGAAGAUAUUUUCAAGGAAACUUUUCUGACUUACAUGAACGGCUGGAGGAAAAAUAUGACAAAAGCAGCAGAUGAACUGCAAGCCAAGGUUGACGCUGAAAACUUUGACUAUGUUAUCCUUUAUCUGAUGGUGAUGAUUGGUAUGUUCUCCUUCAUUAUUGUGGCAAUCUUGGUGAGUACUGUGAAGUCAAAGAGGCGAGAGCACUCCCAUGACCCUUAUCAUCAGUACAUUGUUGAGGACUGGGGUGAGAAGUAUAAAAGCCAGGUUCUCAAUCGAGAAGACCUCAAGUGUGUGAUCCAUGAAAACUUUGGUGCAAGGGACAAAACAAGCCCUGGAUCACCCUGACGUUUUGGAAACAUCGGCAAUGAGGAAAUCAUUAAGCCACAUGUAGGGAACUCACUGAAAUUAUACAUAGUUGUGAAACUGUUUAUUAGCUUAACACAGGUCAAGCUGGAACAGACUGCUGAGGAAAUCAACGUGACUGCUUUCUGUGAGAAAUUUGGCAUGGCUGCUCUGGGGAACCCCGAAGAGAACUGCAUAAUUGUGCUUUGCUUUGAUAUUCUGUUCUUCAGGAAAAUAAAGCCAAGAGAAAGAA